UAUUCUGUUUUAUCAUUAGCAAAAAUCCAACAAUUCAAUGACUAUAUAGAGACAGAUAGAGACGAGGGGCUGAAUUCUUUGUGCUCUUUUGCUUUGGUUUGCUGGUUCUUGAGAAUGGGCGCAGGUGGGUCAAAGGCGUGGGAGAAAAGUGGGGCAGGGGGGGAGGGAGAGGGAGAGGAAGAUAUGCAGCUCUACGUUUCCCUCAACAUGGAGUGGAGUGGAGACAGAGAUAGAGAUAGAGACCAGCCCCUCCUCAUCCCGCAUGUCUAUGGAUCUCUUCCUCUUGUUGGCUCAUGGGAUCCUUCCAAAGCUUUGGCCCUGGAGCGUGAAUCAACUUUUAGGUGGGAGAUCAGUUUUGUUGCCCCUCCUAAUCAUGGAACUCUGGAUUUCAAAUUUUUACUUAAGCCAAAGCAUAGUGGCUCACCCUGUAUCAUUGAAGAGGGAAUAAAUCGGCUUCUCACUGGAGGGGCACUCCAUGGAGAUGCUCAAUCAGCCUUUUUUAGAUUGCCUGAAAAUAAUGAGAUGUUAGAGUACCUUGUGUAUAUCAAGGCAGACAAAGUGUCUCCAUUUGAUCUUGCAGCUAGUUGGAGAGCAUACCAGAAAAUUUUGCAGCCAUCAACUGUGCGGAGAGUACCUGACAUUAGUAUUGAUUCUAUUCCUGUAACUGGCUUGGAGGACACAGAUGUGCCACUUUCAUACUCUCACAAUGCACAUUUAAGUGAAUUGGCUGAAUACAAGUCUGUAGGCACAGAUUCCAGUGCAGUUAGACACACCAGUCAGGGAGGAUUACUUGUAGACAGGGGUGUUGGAAGCUCACCCAAAACUGUACAGUCAAAUGCCAUGCCAGAAGCAGCCGGAGCUGUUGCAGCUGCAGCUGUUGCAGAUCGGAUGCUUGGGCCAAAAGAGCACCAACAAAUGGCUAUUGUUUUGGUUGGGUUGCCUGCAAGAGGAAAGACAUUUACUGCUGCAAAGUUGACCAGAUAUCUUCGCUGGCUUGGCCAUGAUACAAAACACUUUAAUGUUGGAAAGUAUCGUCGCCUCAAGCAUGGUUUAAAUCAGACUGCAGAUUUCUUUCGAGCUGAUAAUCAAGAUGGCGUCGAUGCACGGAAUGAGGUGGCAGCCCUGGCAAUGGAAGAUAUGCUGUCAUGGAUGCUGGAAGGAGGGCAGGUAGGCAUUUUUGAUGCAACAAAUAGCACAAGAAAGCGGCGGAAUAUGCUAAUGCAAAUGGCUGAAGGAAAAUGCAAGAUCAUAUUUUUAGAGACCAUAUGUAAUGAUCAGGCUGUAAUAGAGCAGAACAUUUGCUUAAAAAUCCGCCAGAGUCCAGACUAUGCAAAUCACAGGCCUGAUUUGGCAGCAGGAAUGGAAGAUUUCAAAAAUCGACUUUCUCACUAUGAGAAGGUCUAUGAGCCUGUUGAAGAAGGUUCUUAUAUUAAAAUGAUAGACACGGUUAGUGGCAAGGGAGGACAGAUGCAAAUAAACAAUAUUAGUGGAUACCUUCCAGGGCGGAUAGUAUUCUUUCUGGUUAAUACACAUCUUACACCACGUCCAAUUCUGUUGACACGACAUGGGGAAAGCCGUGACAAUGUAAGAGGACGGAUUGGAGGAGACUCAGUUUUGAGUGAAGCUGGGGAAGAAUAUGCAAUGAAACUGGCAGAUUUUGUGAACAAGCGACUAAGAUAUGAAAAAACUGCAUGUAUAUGGACAAGUACCUUGCAGAGAACAAUAUUGACAGCACAACAUAUUGGUGAAUUCCCAAAGAUACAAUGGCGUGCUUUGGAUGAGAUAAAUGCAGGAGUCUGCGACGGAAUGACUUAUGAAGAAAUAAAAAAGAACACACCAGAAGAAUAUGAUGCUCGAAAAGCUGACAAACUGAGGUAUCGUUAUCCUCGUGGAGAAUCCUACCUUGAUGUCAUCCAGAGAUUGGAACCUGUCAUCAUUGAGCUGGAGAGACAGCGUGCUCCCGUUGUGGUGAUUGCCCACCAGGCUGUUCUGCGAGCCUUGUAUGCAUAUUUUGCUGAUAAGCCCUUGAAAGAAGUUCCACACAUUGAGGUACCCCUGCAUUCAAUGAUUGAGAUCCAAAUGGAGGUAACUGGUGUCCAUGAAAAGAUAUACAAGCUCGUGAAUUGAUAUUUGGAAGCAGAGAAAUCAACGUAUUAUAUAGUGCUAGCUGACAAAUACUUCCCUCGGCAGAUUGCAUGUAUUUGAGUCUACUGUCCAUCCUUCCACCAGUAGAAAAUGUUAAAGUGGUAAAAGAAACAAGUUUAACUGCUUGUGACCUUCAAUAAAAUCCUAGAGUUGUUUGAUUAUUUUCAAUCCAUUUCAAUGAUUUACUUCUA